AUGAAUAGAGACCUAACGUUUUCAAAACAACUAGGUGUACAGUUAGGUAUUGGUAUUCAAUUUCCAGGUCUACGAGCAUAUACAGAGAAUGUUUCUAAGAUUCCUCCUUUGCGUAUUUUAACUAGACCCACAAAAUUAGAGCUUCAUAAAUAUAAAAGUCAAGCAGCUGUAAACCCACUCGAAUCUUUUUCAGAAGAUGAGGUGAAUAACAGUCUUAGUGAGAAUUUAAAUUCAGACGAUAAUAUUCCAGCAAUUGAUUUUGAAAAUGAUCUAACCUACAAUCAUUGGAAAAACCUCCUAUUAUCUAAAAUACACUGGAAUUCCUUAGAUCCAGAUAUCCGAGCAAAUUUUCAUUUAUCUCAAGAUGAUCAUCAAAAUACCAGUUAUCUGUUUGAUAAUAUAGUGGAUUCCCCAAAUUUUAGCCACGAUUAUUUCCCUUCUGAACUGAAGCAAAAAGUAUUAAUUCCUCCAACUAGUUUAAAGUUGGUUGAUCCCACAGUUGGGGAUUUGCUAGUAAUUAAUAAGGCUCAGAAUGUAUCAGAAGGUCGCCUGGACACUGCGACAUAUCAAUUAUUGGUUUACGCCUCAGGGCAAUCAAAUUCAUGGUUAAAUAUUGCAGUUAUUAAGCCAAAAGACUCUAAUUACGUGAUUCAAACUCCAAAAUUAACUCCCAUUAAAGAAAUUGCCAUUGAUGAAAUUUUUGGAAUAAAGAAAAUAAAUAUUAAUGCAACUAUUAAGAGUAUUAAGAUACCAACUUUUUCUUCAUUAUAUAAUAAAUCAAGUGAGAUACUGACUCUUUUAACUUCUGACUCACUUCACAUAUUAAAAAUAUUAGAUAUUCUACCAGAAUACAGAGUUUUUAACUAUAAAAUAUACGAGCCACUUAGAUUUAAUGAUUUUAGUGAUUUUCCAAUAGCUGAUGUUUCAUUUAACCCUUGGGAUAUUCAUCAAUUCGCAAUAGUGGAUAUCAAGGGUAACUGGGGUAUUGGCGUUUUACCAAAGAAUAAGCGGGAAGGAAGCUCUAUUAAGAUUCUUCGAGAAUUUCAAGGAACAAUAUUUGAGACAGAUGAACUAUCCAAUUGGAAAAAAAUUGCCUGGUCUACUAAAUAUACCAGAAUAUUGGUAUUAUCAAGGUCCAAAAUUGUAGAAGUCGAUUUCGAAGAAAAUUGGCAAAAUAACCUGGUUGAAGCCAAAUCUUGGACUUCUAUUUUAGAUUAUAAAAGGUUUAACGAUUCAAAUGGAGUUCUCCUAACCUCAAAAGAAUUAAUAAUUAUUGGCCCGAAAAAUGGUUCAUCAGAUUUAACUAGAAAAAUAUCUUGGAAGCAUGAUUUAAAAUCUACCAUGGGAAAAUUAAAGAUUUCUUUUACAAGAAUUCCAAUCGGCUCAUCUGAAUUACUUCUCAUAUUCAUAACUUCAAAUACUAGCAACAAAAUAUUCUGUCAAGGAUUUUUAAUUGAAGGUGAAAAUAGCAUUUAUUGUUUCACAACACCAUUCAUUACUAAGCUUGAGGAACUUAAAGGCGGAAUAAGUGAUAUUCAAGUAAUAACGAAUGACUAUAGAGAAAUAAAUAAUGAUUCUGAUCGUAAUAAUGUUGACCUCUCCAAUGAACUUCUAUCAAUUAGUGCAUUAAUUAAAAAUUCAAAGAAAGGUGAAUUUUAUAGUACAACGUUUACAACAAUUCCCACAAGCCAGAUUAGCCGAAAGAAGCAUGUUCAUUUUAAUCCGUUAGCUUCAGAACUAGAAAGCCAAUCAGAAGAUACGAAUUUUAAAACUAUGCAGGCAUAUUUUAGCAUUCUUAAGGAAAAUCUCCAUUCUUUAAUAUUAUCUCAUACUCAAUUCGAUAAUAAUGAAAAUGAAGAGUACGAGACUUUUCAAGAAUAUGGUUACAGUCUAUCACAAUCGAUAAAUGAUAGAAUAUUGGAUUCAGAAGUUAACGUACCACAUAAAUCAAUAGUUCAGCAUAUAUUAUUUGAGCAUCUUUUAAAAUUUCCUGACAACAUGAAUAAUCUUACUGAAUUUACCUCAUUAUUUGAACAAAUAUCUGAAUUUUACACAGAGAAAGAUAUCAUAUUUAGUGGUUUUGACAAUAUCUUUGAUAUUUUAAUACACGAAAAUCUAUACGAUUUGAAUAUGUUAUUUUCCAAACUUGUUGAAAUUUGGGAGCCUAUGUUUGCACAUUCUGAGUACUAUAUUAGAGGUAUCAUUUUCUCUUUGUUGCAAAGUAGCAUGGGAUUUAGUAUUGCAAGCCAGAUAGAUGGUCUAGAAAGGCAUUUAAGGAAUGAACUAAGCCAAGACUAUAACGAAUUACUUGACGAUUGGGGUAGGGAAAAUUGGGAUGAUGAUAUCAGUACAAAUAGUUUUCGAUCAUCUAUACCAUAUAGUAGUCAACCUCAAUUCUUAUUCAGCAGUCAAACUCAGAUUCCGACUAUUAAGUCAUCCCAGUCUCAUUCUACUAGAAGGAGGAACAAAAAUUUACCUUCGGGUUCCGGAAAAAUAUCAAAGAGACAAUAUGCCCCUUCAUCUCAAAGAGAUAUUUCACAAUCAUCAAGUUUCAUGUCAUCACAACCUUCUAGCACCUUGCCUGAUACAAUGACUCCUGCAUUUAGUUUACUUCAAUCAUCGAUUCCAACCCUUUCACAAUCUAUAAGUGCCAAUAGAUCAAAAAAGAAGAAGAAGAAGGUGGGUGGUUUUGGAUAA